AUGGACCCCUUGCUUGACAUUGGGAUGACUGGCAACGCCAAAAUGGCGAAGAAGGCCCUUCGUGUGAUGCUCCAGCGAAUGACAGCAGCUGAAAUGCUGGUGCAUUUUUGGGAUGUGCACCAGGAGCCGGUUGACAUCGACGAUGCCAGUUUGGACCACCAGCUGUGCACGACCGAGGUUGCCGAGCUGGUCGCCCACGAGGUAGUUCGUCAGCUUGCCGGACUGUCUGUCGCGUGCAGGCGAUCACCAGUGCCACAGAAGUGGAUCGGUAGCUCUGUUGGCCUCGGCUUCGACUGCGGCCGCUUGCCUUCUCGGUCAACAGGGGAAGAGGAAGUCCGAAGAUCAACACAAGUCCACACGUUUGACUGGGGACGUUCUGAACUCAACACUAUGGACAAGCACAUGCUUCUGAGCGAGAAGGACCAGCAUGACAGAGGUGAGUUCUGGAGAUACUACAUGGGAGGUGUUGAUCGACUCGCGUGGGAAGCGGCAAGAGCUUACAAGCACAGGUUCAGCUGCACCACGAGGUGGUCGAUCAUCACUUUCAAGCUCUGCGACUUUGACUCAAUGUCCGAGAACGAUUUCAUUGGCAGACUGACGGUGCCAGUCGAGGAAACUCCAGAGACGACAGCAGAUCUGAGCACAAAGGACGGCAACCAUGUGGUUGGAGAUUAUGGCUUCCGUGGCUCAGCGACUCUGACUUAUGCGAUAACCUGGAGGCCAUAUCCUCGUACAUCAAGGCUGAUCGGUUCGUGGAGAGUGCAUCUCAAACGAGCGCAGCAUCUCCCAAGACAGGACAAGAUGCAGCUGAGGACGACUUCGGACCCAAUGUGCGAAAUCACCGCCUGUGCCGAGACCGCCACCGGGCUGCUGUGCCAUCGCCAAGUCAGCAGUGUCAAGGUUCGGAACUUGGAUCCAGAAUGGGAGGAGUUUUUCGACUUGCCGAUCGCAGCUGAGCCGGACAACCUGGAAGCAGCGUUGGAGGCUGCAGCUGCCGGUCUGGCUUCGGGAUCAGUUGUCGACAUCUUCCCGCCAGAAAAGAUGCCACUCUGGCAGAAGGAGGGGCUCGUCCCCCGACUCUCUGGAUCCAAGACUCCAUCAAGGUGGUCGUCUUGGACAGAAGCGAAUUCAGACACCGAAGCCUUGGAGAAAGGGAUUGACAGCUGGAGGUCACGCUUGGACGUCGCAAGCGCAACUGUAGACGUCACACCGAGCCAGCGAUCGGCAGAGCCGAUCGAGGAGGAUACAAUGCGGGCAGUGCAGCGUCAGGUUACGCUGGAAACUGCACAGACUAUGCAGACCACACAGCUGGAAGAAGAGGACAAGAAAUGGGUGGUCAGGAUCAUCUCGGAGGAGGAGCGUGAGCGACACCAGUCUGGCCGGGUCAUCGUGCCUCAGGCUUCAGAUGAUGACGUAGGUAUGGGAACUCGGCUCGAGGUGGUACGGCGAAAUGAUGCCUGCAGCUACAUCACUGAAUUGAAACCCGAUGCAUUGCACAGAGACGUGUUUGAAGCCCAAGACACUCAGCCAAUGUGUUGGAGCUUCUCGAGUUGUGCCACGUGCUUGACGUGA